AUGACUAAUGAGGAUUUGGCUACAGCUCUGAAGAAUUUGAGGGUGGGAGUUGUGCCAAUUACAAAUACUACACGAGUUGUCUAUGAGAGGAAACUUGCUCGAGUGCCCCAAGACACAGCUCCUGCAGAAUUUGAAGAGGAGGAGGAGGAAGAAGAAGACAUUUUAUCUGGAUCUUUACGUGAAGAAGCGAUCUCAGAAAGGCUGACCAGUGCCUACCAACGAUACACUAGUCGUUUAGCAUCAAAAAUCAGUGGUGGAAACAACCCUCCAAGCUACAUAGAAACUCCUGGCAGCAGUCGGUUGAACACCUCUUUGACUCGCAGACCACUGUCAAGUAUGAGAGAAAUCAAAUUUCCAAUUUUACGUAAUACCCAAGCUACUUCAGCUAGUUCAGCUUCUGACUCCAAAAAGAAAGGGAUGUCAUCAAUUAUAAUUAAACUGUUCAUUAUGAUUAUCUUCGGCGUCAUUGUUUGGCUCAUCUAUAUGAACUUUGAGUCACCUGCUACCAAACCACUGCUUAACGCCGACCAUUGA